AUGGCCAAGCAGGCGUUGCAGAGCGACCCUGAGGCGGCGGCUGCACUGAAGAGGUACGAGGAUGCUGUGGUGCGGCUGGAGAAGGCGCGCGCAACUGAGCGGGAGCUGGAGAGCGUCAUGGCGGAGGCGGCUAAAGCAGCAGCGCUGGCGGACGCCGCCGCCCAAGCCAGCGCCCGGGUGCAAGCGGGGCAGCUUAUGGCUGACGCCGAGGUGGCGGCCGCGGAGAAGCUGCUUAGAGUAGCCCAGAUCGAGCACAACCUCGCGGAAGGCGAGAAGGCACGCGCGCGUGGCGUGGCAUACUCAGUAAUGGACCGUGCUGAGUCCGGCAAGGCGGCGAUGGUGGCGGUAGCUGGCGGGCUGGCCGCCGCAGUGCCGCUGGCACUGGCAGCAGCUGAUAGCGCGGGCGGCAGCGCCAGCGAGCUGCUGUCGUUCGCUGAUGUCGUCUGCUGCAGCGCGCUGUUUGGCGUCACAUACAGCGUUCGGCGGCGGCAGGAGGAGCCGCCGCAGCAGCAGCAGCAGGUACCACCGGCGGCGGCGGUGUCGUGGGACUUGAGCAGCUGCUGA